UGUUUACUUAUUAACUGAGAUAUAUUGAAAUCAACAAUUAUUGAAAUAGAUUGUAACUAUUUUUAAAGAUUGUGUAAACCCUACUUUUUAAAGUUCAUACGGAUGUUAUGAAAACGAAAUCAUUCAAAUACUAUUUACAGUGGAAUAACUUUUUUAAUUCUAUAAAGCUACAAGAUGGGCAGCGCUAUAAUCAUUUGUGCUGAACUUGUUUUAUGUUGUCUUAUUUUUCCGACAUUAAUCUUACAGACGGUAGGGCUGUUUACGGCACACUGGGUCUCAAACUCAACCUGUGAUUCCAUUGGUGUAAUAUACAGCUGUUGUUCUGGACAGGAUAAUAACACUUGUAAAAAUACUAAUGGUGGAGAUGAACUCGAUGCUCGUGUUCUUGGUCUCGAGGUGACCGCGUGUGCUAUGAUGAUGGUAGCUUUAGCGAUGACUAUAUUUGGGAUCUGGUUUGAAUGCCAGGAUGACGAGGAUGAGGACAGUGAAUGCGCUAACCUUGUAGUGGUCUGCGGCCUAAUAUUUGCGGGCGCAGGAAUCCUGAGUUUCGUUGGAUGUAUGAUUAUAGUGGGCAACUUCUCGCCAUCACAGCUAGGAUGGUCAUUUUACCUGUGCCUCGUUUCCGGAAGUUUCAUCAUUCUAUUGAUAGUUCUACUUUUGAUAUAUGUUUUAAAAGAAUUUGUAGGCUGCAUAUAUAGAUAAGAAGAUAUCAAGAAAGCACUACAUCGAUUUGUU